AUGAAAACCUCGAAAGAUGAUUUGAUCGAGGCAUUAGGCGCUCGAUUAAAAUCACUCGACUUUAAAGAAAAAGUCUACUUCGAGCAGGCGCGGAGAUCGGAAGCGUCAGCAGCAGCAGCAGCACUAUCAAUGGGUAUUGAUUUGGUUGCCGGAGGUAAGAGCAAGAAGACCAAGAGGACUGCCCCUAAAUCUAAUGAUAUUUACCUCAAACUCCUCGUCAAGUUGUACCGAUUUUUGGUCAACAAGGCCCCGCUCUCUCUGUCCCGCCUUAUAACUUUCAUGAAGGGCAAGGAGGAUAAGACUGCCGUGCUUGUUGGGACUGUCACUGAUGACAUCCGGGCAUAUGAAGUGCCACCACUUAAGGUCACUGCUCUGAGGUUCACCGAGAGGGCAAGAGCUCGAAUUGAGAAGGCAGGUGGAGAAUGUUUGACUUUUGACCAGCUUGCUCUUAGAGCUCCCCUUGGCCAGAAUACGAUACUUCUCAGAGGUCCUACAAAGUCUCGUGAAGCAGUGAAGCACUUUGGUCCAGCUCCCGGUGUUCCACACAGCCAUACUAAGCCUUAUGUGCGGGCCAAGGGACGGAAAUUUGAGCGCGCUAGAGGAAGAAGAAACAGCAGAGGCUUCAAGGUUUAA